CUCAUACGUCCAAUAUCCUUCAUCAUCUUGAUAGUCAUCUGUCAUCUUAUAGACCCAAGCUACACAGCAUUCCAUCUUGCCUUGAAUCAGGAUACCGGUUCCUCGUAUCACCAGACUGAUUGUUCGGUCAGCCUACCCCGAUCACCGCCACAUAUUUCAAGCCCCGUACAAUGGCAUCGAUAUCUUCGGGCCAGACUCAUACCGACGCCUCAGAGAAACUGUCUGAGCUGUCAAAGACUCCUAAGACAGUGUCUCCUGGCGAAAGUGGGCAGUUGCCCUACGCCCCAUUCACGCCCCGAAUGAAAGCUGUGAUCGUCUCCAUCGCGGCUAUCACUGCGCUGGUCAGCCCCUUGUCGGCAAACAUGUACUAUCCCAGCAUUCAGAAAGUACGCGACGAUCUCCACACGACACAGUCUGGAAUAACCUGGACAAUUACUUCAUACAUGAUCUCCAUGGCCAUUUUUCCAUUGGUCUGGAGCAAUCUGGCCGAUCAGAUCGGCCGCAAGCCUGUCUAUGCUGUAUCCAUGUUCAUCUAUACUGCAGGUAGCAUUGGGUGUGCCUUGUCCAACUCAUUAUCUGCCCUGAUCAUUUCGCGCAUUGUUCAGUCGGCAGGUGCCUCUGCCGUGCAAGGCGCCGGUGCUGGAACAAUCUCUGACAUCUACCCACGCGAACAGCGCGGCACUGCCCUCGGGAUAUACUAUCUGGGACCAUUGCUUGGUCCUUGCAUUGGGCCAUUAAUUGGUGGGUACGUCGGCCAGGACGUCGGAUGGCGCUGGGUAUUUUGGAUUCCUGGCAAUUUGGGGCGGCGUGAUGUGUCUAUUAGCGACCUUUGUUCUGCCAGAGACCCACCGCCGUCUGGUGUCACUGAAGCACAGGAUCCAACAGGUCAAUAUCCCCCCACCUUUAAAUAUCAGGUCCAAUAACCCUCUCGUCGAUAUCGCUACCGUCCGCUAUCCAGCAGUCGCGUUGGUCAUGUUCUACUUUGCCAUGCUCUUUGGCACCUAUUUUACAAACUCGACUGGCAAUCCUCUCGCCUUCCAGAAUAUCUAUCACCU